AUGUCUAAGGAAACAAAUGGCGAGCUCAGGAAACUGAUAGACGAGUGCACAAGGCACGUAGAGAGUCUGAAGUUUUUAGAGCAACCUUUCACCGGAGUGUCGGAACAAAUAGUGGUCCACUUGCUUGCAGUAGCAUUGGAUAAAGAAACUCGAAGACGCUGGGAAUCCACCGUGAAGCAUGGGGAACUUCCUGGAUAUGACAUGAUGCUGAAGUUUUUAAAAGAGCAAUGCUUCGUUUUGGAGAGAUGCGAAAGUACCAAUCCCAAACAAUUCGCAACUCAAGUCAAACCUAUAAAUGUCCAGAGUAAGGCAUCUUUCGCCAAAUCACAUGCAUCUACUGCAUCCGCUGAAUCCGAGAAACAUCACAGUCUACUCCACGCGGAAGAAAAAAGUUCUCCAGUAACAAAGGAGAGAAGUUCAUCCAGAGAAGCUGAUACUCAAACAGUUAAGAAACCGACGCAAGAAGCAAAUCAUCAGGAACAAACACAACUUACUGCUGCCACCUGUUCGAGUGUACUUCCAAUACAGCAUAUACUUCUUCUCACAGCCGUUGUAGAGGUGAUGGACAAAAACUACAAACCCCACCCGUGCAGAAUUUUAUUGGAUAGUGGAUCCCAAGCCAAUCUGAUUUCGCGGUCCAUGAUAAAUGCAUUAGGAUUGCAGCAGUUUCCAUUAAAGGUAACCGUAAAGGGAGUAAAUAGCAAGAAGAGCCAUUCGUCAAUGAGCAGCAUAGUCCAAAUCCGAUCUAAAUAUUCAGACUUCAGAGCGAGUCUUCAAUGUUUGGUGACGGACAACGUGACGGCAGACUUGCCCACUUCAAGCUUCGAUGUUAGUAACUGGGUGCUUCCAACAGGUGUUCAACUCGCCGAUCCGACGUUCCAUCAAACUGGCAAAAUAGAUAUGUUGAUUGGAAGCCAGUGGUUCCUGAAAUUGCUAUUGCCAGGAGAGAUAACAUUAGCCGAAAAUCUUCCCGUACUUAAAGAGACUCAGUUCGGUUGGGUCCUGGGUGGCAGCUAUGGAGGCGAGACAACAUCUAACUACAUAGUACAUUCACAUGCUGCAACGUUUGAUGAUUUGGAUCAGCUUAUCCGUCGGUUUUGGGAGGUCGAAGAAGUUUCCAACGAUGCACAUGGUUCCAAUGAAGAAGAAUGCGAGCAGCAUUUCCUAAACACUCAUCGACGAGAUGCUUCUGGCAGAUACAUUGUUCAGUUGCCUCUCAAGGAUUGUUUUAAUGAGCUUGGCGACUCCAGAGCCAUGGCGCUACGAAGAUUCUACGCAUUGGAAAGAAGGUUGAAUCAACAUCCUGAUUUGAAGCAGCAAUACUCAGAGUUCAUGAGUGAGUACGAAGAUCUUGGACACUGCAAAGAGAUCAAUGAAUUCAAUGAUCCACCACAUAUAAGCAAAUGGUACCUACCUCAUCAUGCUGUUAUUCGACCAUCAAAUACAACCACUAAGUGUCGUGUCGUAUUCGACGCUUCCGCAAAGGUGUUCGGCCGCUCCCUGAAUGAUGUCAUGAAGAUAGGUACUAUUAUUCAGAGCGACUUGCAAUCAAUCAUCCUACGCUUCCGUGAACCUCGCUAUGUUUUGACUACAGACAUAGCGAAAAUGUAUAGACAGAUUGUUGUUGACGACUGCCACGCUCCGUUGCAAAGAAUAUUCUGGCGGAAAGAUUCAUCGAGCGUCGUGCGUGUAUUGGAAUUAACAACGGUUACAUACGGCACGGCAUCUGCACCCUUUUUGGCCACAAGGGCCCUUAAGCAGCUGUCCAUCGACGAACGAGAUAAGUUUCCUAUGGCAGCGGAUAUAGUCGACAAAAAUUUCUACGUCGAUAAUGGAUUGUUUGGAUACGACGACUUAUCACAAGCAGGCGAUGCGCAAAACCAAUUGAUUCACUUGCUGAAGGCCGGUGGAUUCCAUUUGCACAAAUGGUCAUCGAAUAGUUUAGAGCUGUUGGAGACAAUUCCUGAAGCGGAUCGAGAGCAGCUAGUAAGUUUUGAAGAAUCCGGAGCCAACGAAGUCAUUAAAAUGCUUGGAUUAAUGUGGAAUCCUUCAACGGACGAGCUGCUGUUCGUAUCAAUGCCCACCUGUGAUAUAGAAACGCCAACCAAACGACAAGUUUUAUCCUUGAUAGCCAGAAUGUUUGAUCCUUUGGGGUUGGUGUCUCCAGUAGUUAUCAUUGGCAAACUUCUUAUGCAGCAAACCUGGAAGGAAAACAUUGAUUGGGAUGAACAAAUUACAGGAGAGUUGUUGAAAAAUUGGAAAUACUUCCUUGUCGCUACCGCCGGAAUCAAUCAACUGCACAUACCACGUCAAGUAUUGGUGACCAAUGCUGCACAUUUUGAGCUGCAUGGCUUUGCGGAUGCUUCUCAAGGUGCAUUAGGAGCCUGUGUCUACAUUCGAUCCGUGAUCCCUGGUCUGGAUGCCAUAGUUAAACUACUUUGUGGGAAAUCGAAGGUAGUUCCAAAGGCAGCUCUCACAAUUCCUCGCAAGGAACUAGCGGCUGCGUUACUGCUGCAUCGUCUCGUGCGAAAAAUUAUUUCUUCCUCGAAUUUGCUUUUCAGUGCAAUCGUGUUGUGGUCUGACAGCCAAGUGGUUCUCGCAUGGUUGAAGAAAAAUCCCAGCCUACUAGAAAUUUUCGUGCGAAACAGAGUAUGUGAAAUUAUCUCUACUGAGAAUGAUUUUGAAUGGAGAUACGUAAAAACUUCCGAGAAUCCAGCCGAUGUGGUUUCUCGGGGUCAAUCAGCCAUUAGGUUAGCAACGAACAAUUUAUGGUGGAGUGGUCCAUUGUUCUUGAAAAGUGAUCCUUACGAGAUUGAAACUCCUACCCAACUAUGCGAUGAUGAUAUUCCAGAAAUGAAGUGUGUUGCCGUGGUGCAUACGGUUGUGCGUUAUGAAAAAUUACCAGUUUUCCAAAAAUUUGAAUCUUUUCGUAAAUUACAAAGAAUUAUUGCAUAUGUUUUACGAUUCUGCAAGAACGCGAAGGAGAAAUUAGCGGAAACCCGUAUCCUGAAAAAAUACCCUACUAUGACCGAGAUGAACGAAUCCAUGAAGGUGAUUGUUAGAGUGAUUCAGUAUCAAGAAUUUGCAGAUGAGAUAGCCCGUUUGAAAUCAGUCCCAACUACCAUUUCCAGCAAACACCAGUGGAUUUUACCAAAUCGCAAUAAUGUAGUUGACAGUCUAAUUAAUGCACUUCACCGUGAGAAUCUGCAUAUAGGUCCUACCGCUCUUCUAGCGACUCUUCGGCGUCAGUUUUGGGUUCCGAAUGGUCGUUCUGCUGUGCGUAAGAUCACUCGUAGCUGUGACCAGUGCUUUAAGACCAAACCGACAACGGUAGGUCAGUUCAUGGGUGACCUGCCAGCCAGUCGUUGUGAACGAGCACCAGCUUUUCAAAAGGUUGGACUCGAUUACGCUGGACCUGUUCUUUUGAAGCAACCUGGACGAAAGGCAGUUGCUGUUAAGGGGUACAUUUGUAUCUUUGUGUGUAUGGUGACCAAGGGUACUCAUCUGGAGGCAGUCGAAAGCCUAUCAACCGAUUCAUUCAUCGCAGCGUUACACCGGUUUGUAUCCCGGCGAGGAGUACCAGAGGACAUGUUCUCUGACAAUGGGACCAACUUCGUUGGUGCAAAGAACCAACUGCAUGAAUUGUACCAAAUGUUUAAACAGCAGUUAACGGAAAGGAAGCUGUUUGAAUUUUGUCAACCUAGAAAAAUUAACUGGAAAAUGAUUCCACCAAGUGCUCCUCACAUGGGGGGAAUAUGGGAGGCAGGUGUAAAGAGUGCCAAAUCCGUACUUAAAAGAGUAUGCCAUACUACUACCCUUAACAUGGUAGAGUUCUCUACACUUCUCUGUCAAAUUGAAGCUGUUCUAAACUCUCGGCCUCUUUAUGCUCAUUCCGAUGAUCCAGCUGAUCCUGAACCGCUUACUCCGGGACAUUUUAUGAUCGAUCGUCCACUAACGUCCAUACCGGAGCCAACAUAUGAAGAGAUUCCAGUGAAUAGACUUUCUCGUUGGCAAUAUGUCCAGCAACUUCGACAAAACUUUUGGAAACGAUGGUCCCGAGAGUACCUUAUGGAAUUGCAGACCAGAACCAAAUGGACAAAGAGGACAUGCAAUAUUGCACCAGGCAUGGUGGUAAUAAUUAAAGAAGAUAAUUUACCACCACAAUCUUGGAAACUUGGAAGAGUUGAGCAAACUUUUCCUGCUGAAGACGGUCUGGUACGAGUAGUGGAUUUGCGUACAAAAACAGGAAUCCUACGACGUCCAAUUCACAAACUAGCUUUGCUCCCGUAUCUUGACAACGCGGAAUCUUCAAGUUCUUCAGGCAAGUUUUUCAAAUCAUCUCGGGGGGAGGAUGUUCGAGCCGACAUCUCGAAUGAACUGUGUAAUAAAAAUUGA